AUGCCCCAUGUGCGUGCAAUGGAAUGGAUAAUGGAAGCACGCGAUCGCGAUAUGAAGCCACCGAGCCACCGACCGACUAUCCUUCCGGCCACCGUCAUGUAUUUCCCUUUAAAGUCGCGCCCUCCCGCUUGUCUGAGCCCUCUCUAUCUUGGACUCGCACCAUCACCAGCACACUCAUAUCCAACAUACCACGUAUCAAACUCAUCGACAAAGCGCAUGUAUCUAUUAACCGCCUUAAGCCUCAUACUUGCAUACAUCACCACGAUGGUCUUUCGACAGUUGAUACGACUCUUGAGCUACAGCAACUUCACGUCCGCAUCGAAUGAGCCAGCGGAAUCUCCUGAAAGUCCAAGCGCCGUUGUCGCUGGCCCAAUCCACACCGAGCUAGGUCUCGAUUCGUCAAAGUCGGAACCGCAUAUCGUUCCUUCUGUGCCUUCACUCCCCGCUACUACGCCCAACACCGAGACGAGAACCGAUGCCUCAGAGUAUACAUCCUCUGUUCCGUCCAUUAUUAACCAUUCGACUCAAGUCUCGUCUCCGAAUGAGAAUCGGGGAAAGAUUAAAUCUCAUUCACCGUCAGAAGCACCUCAGACGCUUCCACCAGACAUGCUCAGGCUUGAGGCGCUGUACAACAUCGACUUCUCACAGAUCGAUCUUUCACAGAUUGGUCCUACACCGGAACAACGUGCGAGAGGCGCUAGACCUCUCCGGCGUGAACGCAUCAGGUACCUUGAUGACGUCUAUCCGCAGUACCACCUACCUUAUCCUGGGAAGAUGCUGGUUCGUCACGGCACGGUGAAUGUUGAUGACUGGACUCGUGCGUACUUGUCGAGAGUUCGCCAUUGA